UAAUGUUACGUGUGGUUAUCAUUCUAUAAAAAAGGGGGGAGGGUUCUAUCAGGUUCUAUAGCUGAAACAGUCUUUUUUAUUUCGGUUGUCAGAUAGAUUUAUCAGUUCCUCCACUUUAAUUAUUAGUUUCCUCAUUUCCAAUAUGUGAAUUUUCGAUUUUGCAGUGUUUUCUCCCUCUAAAACUCCAGUUUCACCAUUCCAUAACCUCUCUUUCGUUUGUGCCAAGCAUUCCAACGCCUUUAUGCUCCAGAAAAAGAAUUUAGUUGGUUUUUUUCUUUAUUUUCACAUAUUUUAUCGGUAAUUCCGCGAAAUGGCAACACCAACUAACGGAAGUGGAAAUCUAGUGGAGGAGUUUGACGAAGCGUUUCAGCAAUGUCUGAAUGUUCUAACCAAAGACGAGGGCCUGAGCAACAACAGUAUUGGCAGCAGCCUGGCAGUUGACAAGGACGAGGCCCGGAUGGAGGUGGAGCAGGUUACCCUGAGAUUCAUAGACUUGGCAAGGCAGAUGGAGGCGUUUUUCUUACAAAAAAGAUUCCUCCUGUCUGCAUUGAAGCCAGAAUUAGUAGUCAAAGAAGAUAUCUUGGAUCUCAAGUUGGAGUUGACGAGAAAAGAUGAUCUCAUAAAGAGGCAUUACGAGAAAAUUGCACUCUGGCAACAUCUCCUAGCAGAUCUCCAGGGAUGGGCAAAGUCUCCGGCCCAAGGACCAGCCCCAAGUGGCUUAGCAAAUGGUAAUCAAGCAUCUCAGGGCCAGCCGGGAGCGAAUGGCACAGGAGGCGCACAAAUGCCCCCUCAACCUCCCCAAGCACCCCAAAUGCUUCAACAUCAGCAUCAACUACAGCAGCAACAGCUGCAGAUGCAACACAGCCAAAUGCAACAGCAACAAAUGCACCAACAGGUCCAGCAGGGCACCGGGGCAGCUUCAGUACCUCCAGGACUUCAGGGAGUGAACGUUGUACAGCAGGGGAUGUUCAUGGGCCAGGGUGGUGUGGCGGGACGCGGUGGUUUUCCAGUCGGUGGAGUAGGCGUUGGUAGCAGUUCACUGCAGGGUCCACUCGCAUUCUUGGAGAAGACAACGAGCAACAUAGGGAUGCCCGAGAGGCGGAGUUGACGCGGAAGGGGGAGGGGGCGAGGACGAGGACGUGGACGAGGAAGAGGAAGAGGCCGUGGUACUGGUGGCUUACCACCACCACCACCCAUCCUCGAUCCCACCGAUCCGUCUUGCUACGCUGCAGCAGCUGCAGUAGCUGCUGUGGCAUCAUCGCCCCUUCCCUCUCAACAGCAACAGCCCCCUCCCUCGUGCACCUGAAUGAUGCAGUUUUAUUUUAUUCCCUCCGACAAAUGGAAAUCCUUCCAUUAUCAUUUUUCUUUAUAACAUUCCAAUGGAGUGGGUGUCACAUCGGCUGUGGUUUUCGUAAAUUAUGAAGUUUAUUAAUUUCAUAAAUUUCCUUCACACUUCGUUUGGAUUCCCUUCUUGUUUAUUUUUAUUCACUUGAUUUUAGGUUCUUUUUAAAUUUAAUUAAAUUAGAAAAUAGCCACAACUGAUGUUUUCACCCUUACAAAAUUGAAAUGAGGAGAUGGCCUAAUGAUUUUUCAUUUUUUUGUGAAAAAUUUAUCAUUCUGUGGGUAAAGUGAUGAAUGAUAUGGUUCAAGUCGAAGAAUUAUACAAGCGAAAAUGCAGUAACUUCCAUUAGGGUGAAUCAACUAUUUAAUUUUCUUCAGCUAUCUCCUUCUUUUACUGUCAAGUCCCUUUAAUUUAUCAUUUUGAAGUUUAGUUUAAUUUUUUUCUUUUCAAUGUACAUAAUGAUGAGCUGAACCGUUAUUUGUACUUAUUUAAAACUAAUUCCACCUAGAGUUUAAUUAUCCAGUAAUAAUACGCGUGAUUUGAGUAUUGUGAAAUUGAGAGACGGAGUGUGAGGACGUGUGAGUGAAUUUAGGUGUACCCUCGAAUGAUAGUUUUUCCCUUAUUGUUCGUUAAUUUUAUUUGAAGACAAAUAAAUUAAAUAACCAUUAUGAA